AGCGCCUGACUGCCGCUGCUUCUCCGGCUCCUCUUACCUGCAGGUGCUCCCCGAAACUUCAACAUGCGGCUGGAAGAACUGAAAAGAUUACAGAACCCUUUAGAACAAGUUAAUGAUGGAAAAUAUUUGCUUGAAAAUCGCCAGCUGGCCAUGGAUGUGGAGAAUAAUAUUGAAAAAUAUCCCCUCAACCUCCAGCCCUUGGAAUCAAAGGUGAAAAUCAUUCAGCGGGCGUGGCGGGAGCACCUACAGAGACAAGAUGUUGUGGAGAAGAGGAGCCCGUCGCCGCCCUCCGUCUCCUCGGACAAGCUCAGCAGCUCAGUCAGCAUGAACACCUUCUCCGACAGCAGCACGCCCGUGAGUGCUGGGCUCCCUCCCCCCUCCCCCCUCCCCCUCCCCCCGGGUCUGGCUCGGGUGCGGGGUUGCUUCUUGAGGUUAUUGCCUCCACACCGAGAUGAUUCGUGA